GACGGCGUAGGAAAAGUUUUAUUGGACAGACGUGGAUGUCGCGAUUUUGACGGGCGCGGUGUUGUGCAAUUCCAGUGGGGGGUCUCGGAUUCUAACGGUACCUUCCCUGCGAAGGGUCCGCUGGAGGUGAAAAUUUCAUCAUCAAGUUGUGCGCGGUGGGGACGACAAGAGAAAAGUCAGUGCGUGCUAGAUUCUGUUUGAUGAAAGAAGAGUGUUUUUUGUGGAGUACAGAAGUAGGGGCUCCCCCCCCCCCCUCCGGAAGAUUUGAAGUGCAAUAUCAAGAAGGAAUGAUGUUCGAAGAAGUUGCUAUUGCUGCUGCAGUUCCCUCUCCGCCGAGUGUGGCCAGUUUGUAAUGCUGUUUAGCACUUACGUGUCAAAGUAGAGCUUGAGAAGCGAAGAAAAAUCUGUAAAUUCAGUGCACAGAAGCUUGCAUCAGUGGAAUGCACAGCGGCAAGCUUCGGAAGCGCAGUAUUUUCAUUGUCGUUUGAAGAGUGAAACAAACAUCCCGUAGGGGACAAAAUCUCCGCAAUAAAAACGGGGUCAUAAUCUUACGUAAGGUCGUUCGAUUCGGGAUUGGAUUGUGCUGAUUGCGGUGGGCGACGGAAGGGUGAAAGCAAAGUAAACAUUACAGAAAAGGAUACCUUUUGAAAGGAGACAGUGAAGAUGUCCUUCGUGAGUGGAACGACAGACACCGAGGCGGCUCAAAAGUUCCUCGAGGUGCUGCAGAACGACUUUCGCAACCUGUCGUUGGAGACGAAGAAAAAAUACCCGCAGAUAAAGGAGUCAUGCGAAGAGGCGAUACUAAAACUAAAAACGGCCGCGGCCAAUCCACAGACACCGGUCUACUACGUGGUGAACCAGAUUCUGUACCCGCUGGUGCAGGGCUGCGAAUCGAAAGAUGUCAAAAUCAUCAAAUUCUGCCUGGGGAUGAUGCAACGGUUGAUCACCCAGCAGGUGGUGGACCAGAAGGGAGCCCGCUACAUAACCGAUACGCUGUGGAUGCUGAUGGAAAAUGGAACCGAGGAGGUGAAGGUCCUGCAAAGUGUUACGCUGCUGUUGACGACCAACACGGUCGUUCACGGGGAAACGCUGGCCAAAACGUUGGUUCUGUGUUUCCGGUUGCAUUUUACCAAGGAUUCGACAACAAUUAACACAGCUGGAGCAACGGUACGGCAGCUGGUUUCACUUGUGUUCGAGAGGGUGGUUGGGGAGGAAGCGGAAGCGGAAGCCAACCAAGAUGAGAAGAGGGAAGUUAACUUGGAAGAGCUGAAGUUGGCAACUGGGGUUGCUCCAAAGGGGCUAAGACCAUGCGCAGCGGAUGCGUUUCUCCUGUUCCAAGAUUUGGUCCAGCUGGUAAAUGCAGAUCAACCGUACUGGUUGCUCGGAAUGACUGAAAUGACACGGACAUUCGGCCUGGAACUGCUGGAAUCGGUUCUGACUCAGUAUACGUCCGUGUUCUACAAGAACCCGGAAUUCUCGUUCCUGCUCAAGGAACGUGUCUGUGCCCUAGUCAUUAAGUUGUUUUCGCCUAACAUAAAAUACAGGACAAUGGCGCCGCAAAACGCACAAGCCACGGCACCUCACGACAAGCCGUACUUCCCGAUUAGCAUGAGACUCCUGAGGGUCGUUUCGAUUCUGAUUCAGAAGUACCACAGUCUACUGGUGACGGAAUGUGAGAUAUUUCUGUCGUUGAUUGUGAAAUUCCUGGAUCCGGACAAGCCGUCGUGGCAGAGAUCGCUGGCUCUGGAAGUUCUUCACAAAAUGACAAUCCAACCGGAACUGCUGAUCUCGUUCUGUCGAUGUUACGAUCUCAAAGAUCAUGCCACUAACAUUUUCCAGGACAUUAUUAACUCGCUUGGAACGUACGUUCAGAGUUUGUUCGUUAACAGCCAGCUGUUGAAUAGUGCCGUUGGGGGAACUCCAGGCCAACCAGCAGCGCUGAUCGGAGGCCUUCCAGUAGGACCGGGAAUUUCUCCUCAGCCAGGAUUCCUGUUCCGAGGAGUAUUCCUUCCGUUGGUGGUCACGUUCCCUACUGGCCAAUCCAAAUCGACCUUCCUGGAGAUGCUGGAUAAGAUGGAACCUCCUCCCAUACCCGACGGAUACGGAAUAUCGGUGGCCUACGCUUGCCUUCUGGACAUUGUCCGAUCGAUCUCACUUUCCAUUCAAGGACCUUCCCAAAUCGGCGACGAGAAUCCCACGCCCUACAAAAAUCGUGUCACCGAAGACGAAAAGGCUCUGCACAUCCAGCUCAUCUACUCCAGUUGGUUGGGUCUCCUGUCUGCCUUGGGACCCCUAAUCGACGCCGCAACCGAUGAAUCAACCACGGAGAACAUCCUGAAAGCUAUCCAGAACUACGCUGCCCUGUGCGGCCUCUUGGAACUCCACACUCCUCGGGAUGCCUUCAUCACGGCCCUCUGCCGAGCGUCACUUCCGCCACACUAUGCCCUCUCGGUACUGAACGUCAACUACCAGGGCAGCCAGUUCAAGUCUCAUUCGCGAGCAGGCAGUCAGGACAUGGGAACCAUGUUUCUCGGAUCGUACGGAGAACCGGAUCAACAGCAACAGCAGCGUCAUCCGGUGGUCGCCGUUGGAACGCCUCUUCCAACAUCAUCCCUUCCGGUUGGGGCCCACCAGGGCCCUGUCCUGUUGACCAUCAAAAACCUCCAGUGCAUGAGAUCUGUGCUUCAUCUGGCGCAUUGCCACGGAGGUAUUCUUGGAAGUUCGUGGCACAUCGUUCUGACCACGUUGCAACAUCUGGCCUGGAUCCUAGGAUUGAAGCCUUCAACCGGAGGCAGCCUACAGGCGGUUCAAAAACCUCCAACGGACGCCAAUUCCAUAACCCAAGUCAUGACGGAUCUUCCGGUUCUGUCCCAGAUGUUGAGUCAACUGUUCGAAUCCAGUCAAUACCUAGAUGAUGUGGCGCUUCAUCAUCUGAUAGACGCCCUCUGCAAGCUGUCCCACGAAGCCAUGGAGUUGGCGUACAACAACCGAGAGCCGUCACUUUUUGCCGUGGCGAAACUCCUGGAAACCGGAUUGGUCAAUCUCAACCGGAUUGAGGUUCUGUGGCGUCCGUUGACGAAUCACCUCCUGGAAAUCUGCCAACACCCUCACAUCCGGAUGCGAGAAUGGGGCGUUGAGGCGAUCACCUACCUGGUCAAGGCAGCCUUACAAUACAAAUACGAGAAACCGUUGAAGGAGAACUUGAAGCUGCAAACCCUUCUCCUGGGGCCACUUUCGGAAUUGUCCUCGGUUCCGCACGGAGACGUUCGCCAACGGCAGUUGGAAUGUGUUCUGCAGGUUUUGAACGGAGCCGGAGAAACCCUAUCGCAUGGAUGGCCCCUAGUGCUGGGAAUCAUCGGUGCCGUCAACGAUCACCACGGGGAGGCUCUGAUCCGGAUUGCGUUCCAGUGUCUUCAGCUGGUCGUCACGGACUUCCUGCCGGUUAUGCCUUGGCGAUGUUUGCCACUGUGCGUCAAUACGGCUGCCAAAUUUGGUUCGCAAACGCAGGAACUGAACAUCUCGCUGACCGCCGUUGGAUUGAUGUGGAACAUCUCGGACUACUUCAACCAGAAUCAGGAGAAGCUAUCGCAAACGGUGUGCGACGACACGUCGGUUCUGCCGGACUUCCCCGGCACCCUGAACAUGCCUCACUUCGACCGGCUUUGGAUGUGCCUGUACGCGCGACUUGGCGAUCUGUGCGUCGAUCCACGGCCAGCGGUUCGCAAGUCGGCUGGGCAGACUCUGUUCUCGACGAUUUCCGCCCACGGAAAUCUGCUGAAUCCGCCCACCUGGCAGGCGGUCCUCUGGCAGGUGCUGUUCCCACUGCUGGACAAGGUCCGGGCCCUGUCCAGCUGUGCCAGCAGCGAGAAGGUCGACACCAGCGGCAACAUUCUGAUCCACCAUUCGCGGAACACGGCCCAGAAGCAGUGGGCCGAGACGCAGGUCCUGACGCUGUCCGGAGUUUCGAGGGUAUUCAACACCAAACGAGCUCUCCUGCAGAUGCUCGGUGACUUCCCUCGGGCCUGGGCACUUCUGCUAGAAUUCAUCGAAAACUCGGCCCUCAGCAAGAGCAACGAAGUCUCGCUGGCAGCGCUGAAGUCCUUCCAGGAGAUUCUGUACAACAGACCCACGUCUUGUCCAGCGGACGCAGAUGCCAUAGCCAAAACCCCAACGGAAAAGUCCGCAGCGGAAGAAAUCGACAUCUGGAACGUUGCUUGGCGGGUUUGGUUGAACAUCGGAGCGGAGAGCACCAAACCGCCGUCGCUGGCCAGCGUAGAUGGCCACGACAAAAACGGCGAGGAGAUCUACAUACCCAGUCAGGCGUUCCUCACAGCGCUGGUGCAGAUUUUCCCUGCGCUGUUCCAGCAUAUUCGAAAUCGUUUCAGCAACAAGGAUCUUACCCAGCUCUGCACUGUGCUGAUGAAUGCGGUGGCCGUUCCGGUGCACAGCGAUUCGACGCCGUACAUCAUGUCGACCAUUUCUGAUUCGCAGUUGACCCCGCUGCACGAUGGAGUUCUGGAUUGCAUGGAGCUGCUACAGAAGGAAGCUAUAGGGGCGAAGGAGGGGACGACGGGUGGCAAUGGAUUGAAGCACAUGAUUUCGGCGAUCUUCAAGCAGCUACUGAGCUUCAGUAAGUUUGCUUGCGUUCCGCCUUCGUUUGACCGUAUCGAGACUAGGCCCGUCAAAUCCACGCGCUCCGGAAGUGGCGUCGUUGCGCACCAGAUGCCCGCGGCCAACGGUGCUGUCGAGUGGGUCAGCAUGAACUACAUUCCGUUCGGAGAGAAAGCUUUAACGGUGGCGGUCAAACUGUACCAGCAGACGGCCAGUCACGAUGCCGUCGUAGAAGGUCAAAUACUGCACGAAAUCAUCAAAGCGUUGCAUCUGCCUUUGUCCCUAAAGUACAAGUGCAUGUCGGCCAGCACGUGGAAGCUGGCCAUCUCCAGCUUGAUGACGGUACUGCAUACGGGCCUUCCGGUGGCCCGGAAGCACCCGAAGUAUUUUGCCGCCAUGUGGAAGGAUUUGUCCGAUACGUUGGAUCAGUUUCUGUUUCCCAAGAGCGUCUGUGUGGUGGAGGACCGAGGCCUCGACGAGCUGGUACUGGACGAAACCAUUGACUGUCAGGUGAUCGAGCUGAUACGGGAUGAAAUCCUGCCGUACAGCCACGAAAUCCCCCAGCAGUUCAUUCUGGAUGCGGUGGUCCUACUGAACAAGGGUUCGAUUCAUUCGGCCACCACAGGAAGUACGCCGUUUGCCGGCUGUGAGACGGAACUGAAGCUACGGGAGGAGUUUGCCAAGACCUGCUUCGAAACGUUGCUGCAGUUUUCGUUGCUGGACGAUGGAAUGGUUGGAAUGGUGGCGGCGGCUGCCGCCGAAGACGGACACAACAAGAUGAACAACAAUAGCAGCGGGAAGGAACCGGCGGCGGGAGCAGCGACCGGAGGAAGCAGUGAGGGUGGUAUCGCGGGACGAUUGGCCAUCACGGCACUGUUGCACAGGUUCGAGGAAGUUCUCCGGAAGUUUAACGAUGACGAACGAUUGAGCGGGAAAUUUCCUCUUCCGAGAUACCGGCUUUCGGAGAUUUCGUUUGUGUUGAAAGCCGUGGCCACACUUGUGAUAUCUAUGAAGAAGGCACCUCCAGCCAAAGUGGGCACCACCGCCUGGGAACAACUGAUCGGACUGUACCCCUACCUGGUCGAGUGCACUACCACGUCCUCUGCGGAAGUGUCCCGUUCGCUACGGGAAGCAUUGCUGCAGUAUUGUGACCUGCUACGGCCUCCGGCAUCAGCCAUUCCGACGACAUCGACGACGACGGCGAGCCGAAUGGAAAACAACAACGAACUGGCCAACACCAAUGGGAUCAGUCACUGUUAGCUGGGUUCGUUUUCAGCGGGAAGUUUCUACUUCCUAAUGCUGUACGAUUCCGGUUUGCUGGUGAAGAUUGUUUUCUGAAUGGUGAGUCCGUUCCAUGUUUCUGUAAGAUAUUUUCUAUUGCGUUCUCUUUUGUUGACCUGCUUCUUUUUUGGUUUUGAUAAAAUCCUGAGAAUCCUAAAAAUGUUGUAAAAAUUAUAUAAAAUUUAUUUAUGCCUCUAACGGUUGAAACAUAGAGAGUAGUUUUAUUACGAAACGAUUUAGAUUUUAGGUUUCUGUAACCUGAUAAUAGUUAUAAACCUAGAAAUGACUUGCGUAAAACUUUGUUCGAUAGUCAAAAAUAAAAUAAGAUAAAUUGUGAUUUAACCUCUGAAAUCUAUGAACCGAAAAAUUCACUUUUACUAGGUCAUACUGAGCCGACACGUUUUGCAUUACCACUAUUUUCACGUAAUUCCCGUAAUUGACCAUAGAAUGUACUUCCACCGUCUAAAAUAGACCAUUCAUAUCUGAUCUAAUGCUCGUGUUUUAUUUUUGUUUUUCUGAAAUACAAUUAUUUCGAACAAUUAACAAAUGGAUCAGAUGAACAGGUUUAUUUGAAAUAAAUAGGAAUGUGCCCACUGCUACAUACCAGAGUUUCUAAAUGAAUUAUCGAACGAACUUAUCGUUAAGAGAAUGUAGAUUUUCAGUAUCUUUCCCAACAGUAAGAGGGUCUAUGAAAAGAAAAUGUGGUUUUGACUAUUGGUUCAUCCAGAGGCCCUCCCCUUUGGACUUAUCCACCGAUGAACCGAAUUUAUCACGGUCCGAGAAUUUUGACACUAGAGCGGGGCCGUUUCCAUUCAGAAUUGAUUUGAUUUGAUUGAUUUAUCUUUAUUUGAGAGACUUUCAGCCCUUGCAUUCAGAAUUGAACGAUUCUGAUUUGGAAUGGCCCCGCUCUAGUGUCAACAUUCUCGGACCGCGUUCGUUUCAUCGGUGGAUAAGCCCAUGUCCACAUUUUUACGAGUAGUUCAUCGUCAUUGAUGCUAGGUAAACCACUUCAUCUGCCCUCUAGGUCAGAAGAAGUAAUUCAUCUACAAUUCAUGAAAAUGAAUUCACCGUUACACAAGCAUAUUCUAUUUUGCUUUUUGAACGAUAAGAUCAUCAUAAUUUAUAUUGUUCUUCAACUUGACUGCUAAUUUUUUUAGACAUUGGUCAAAAAUAAUGUUCAUUCCUGGGAAUGAUUGAUAAAGUGAGCAGUAAUUGGAUGAAUAAUCGUUAAAAAAUGAUUGAAACGUAUUAAUCAGAAAUAGUCCUUCCAGCAUUAAAACGAGGUAGGUUUGAUAAGAAUGGUCUAUUUGAUACCACUCACUCCAAAUAGCGAUUCUUAAUUAGCAUGCAAUAUCCAUUUGUCAUACAACCAAUAGUAGGAUUUAAAUAGCGUUCUUGGUUGCUGAUAAUCGCAGAAAAAAUAUUCCAAAAAAUCUUAAAAAUAAUGGUGCCAAUUUUCAAACGUUUAAAAAUUCUCCUAAAAACAUAAACCACAUCGUACGCUACUCCCAUAAGUUCCUAUUCCUCUAGCAAUUUUAGGUGUUGCAUUGAAAUUACACAUUUAGCCAGUUUCUCGUUAUCGAUCAAACCACGCAAAAUUACAGUUCGUUCCUUUUGAUUUCCUAACACCAAAUCGCCACACCGAUCACACGAGCCUGAACAAGUCACACACAAAGCUAGAAAUAUAAAAUGGUUGUGCUGAAAACAUUAAAACCGCGAAAGCCUAGAUACACUCUGGAAUAAGCACCACUCGAACGAAACAUGCGGGCACGCCUAAUGCCGAUUCAUGGUAACGAACGACUUUUAACUCUUUUAAAACCAUAAAUUCAUAGCAACAAUGCCCAAAUCCACACGAAAUUAGGCGCACGGUUGAAGAAGUUAGUUUUUCCGAACAACAACACACAAAAAAAUGCACUCCCAUCAUUCACAGAAGCAAAAUAAAUUGGAAAGUAAAAUGAAAUACCUAAUAACGAUAACUUUAGAGAGUUGAGGUUACUGACGAAAACAGGAAAACAUACAGAAGAUGUGAGGAAGAAUACGGAAAGUAAGCAAAAAACAAAACGAUACAAUAAGAGGAAACGAAUUUAUAUUGACGAUAUAUAAUUCUGAAUCUUUAAUAAAAAAAAAAACACGGUUCUUCUGCAUGAUUCUAACUGAA